UAUCACCCACUGCUGAAAACUAUCCCGCUCUCCGCGGACAUAUAAAGGCCCGGUUUUUCGGACCAGACACACUUUUUCUUAUACCGAUUUUGAAAGCAGGUCUGAAAAUGAGUGGAAGAGGCAAAACCGGCGGAAAAGCCAGAGCAAAGGCCAAAACCCGCUCCUCCCGUGCCGGACUCCAGUUCCCUGUUGGCCGUGUCCACAGACAUCUGAGGAAGGGUAACUAUGCCCAGCGCGUCGGUGCCGGAGCUCCCGUCUACCUGGCGGCUGUGCUUGAGUACCUGACUGCUGAGAUCCUGGAGCUGGCUGGAAACGCUGCCCGCGACAACAAGAAGACUCGUAUCAUCCCCCGUCACCUUCAGCUGGCUGUCCGCAACGACGAGGAGCUCAACAAGCUGCUGGGAGGAGUGACCAUCGCUCAGGGCGGUGUGCUGCCCAACAUCCAGGCUGUGCUGCUGCCCAAGAAGACCGAGAAGGCUCCCAAGAAGUAAACGACCAAACCAUCUGCAUCUAAACAAUGGCUCUUUUAAGAGCCACACUCACCCCUAACUAAAGCUGGAAUUCCGUUCAUGUAUACUUUAUACAAGUGUAAAACUGCUAUUGAUUUUAAAAUCCAAAUGAAUAAGAAGUUGUGUCACAUGGUUGUUUUUAAAGUAACAUUAGGAGGGAAGUUUCAUUAGAAUAAAGAGAAGAUCCCUAACUUAACAUGUCUUAACAUCCUAAAAUAACUAACUGGUGAUCAACAACUGUCGUGACGUGAACCACAUUUGUCAUUUAAGUUGUACUUUGUCAGUGCUCACCCCAUAAAUCAAGCAUGACUAAA